CCCGCCGCUAUAAAGGGAAGGAGGGGCGCCGCGCUCCGUUCUAAGCUCGGUCCGGCGCCUGGGAUCCAUUUCCAUCUGCAGCCUCCCGCCAGCCCUUCCAGCAGCCAAGAUGGUGAAGCUGAUCGAGAGCAAGGAUGCUUUUCAAGAGGCCUUGAAUGCUGCAGGAGAUAAGCUGGUCGUGGUGGACUUCUCAGCCACGUGGUGUGGGCCUUGCAAAAUGAUCAAGCCUUUCUUCCAUUCCCUCUCUGAGAAGUAUUCCAGCGUGGUGUUCCUUGAAGUAGACGUGGAUGACUGCCAGGAUGUUGCUGCAGACUGUGAAGUGAAAUGCAUGCCAACAUUCCAGUUUUUCAAAAAGGGCGAAAAGGUAGCUGAGUUUUCUGGAGCAAACAAGGAAAAGCUUGAAGCCACUAUUAAUGAGUUUGCGUAAUUGUGUUCUGGAAAGUGUCACCAGCCAUCAACUGUUUGAAAUGUGUAAUUUUUUUUUUUAAUUUGAAACGUAUCAUGUUCGGGGGGGGGGACUCUAUGCCCAACUGCCACCUGAUUAUAAAUAACAAUAAAAUAUUAAUUCUACCCUUUGUAAAAAAA